CCUUCGAAGGCGAGGUCCGGCGUGCGCAGUCAAGCGGCCGUCGUCCCGCCCUGCCGCCGCGUCCAGGCAGUGGACACGGGGCCUCUCGUCGAUGAUCUGCUGCCCCCACCCCAUGCGGAGGCCGCCGGGUUUUGCAAGGCUUGGACUUCAACCUCCGCCGACAGCAGCAGUGCAACAUUGCUGACGGCUGUCACCUUGACGUUCAAAAAUUUGCAUUGUCUGGGAGAGGCGGCAACUCCUGGAAGGUCUUCGUGUGAACGAUCACGUAAGGGCUACCGCCGAUGCUCGAUCGAACCUCCCAGGAUGUGCGUCCUGCUCCGUGGUGCAGUAGUCCGAGACCUCCUCAACCUGCGGCUCCUGGCUGUCCCGAGCACGCCCACCACAGACCUGCAGCCACACACCGGCAGGAGCCAACGGGAGAAUCUCGAUCGGGACAUGUCUACAAUUUUCAAACCGCGGACGCAGAUCGCAGCCGACGGGCGCUGAGACCACCCAGCAUGCGCACUCUUCCC